AUGGCGACUGAUUACUUCACUGAACCUCUAAAUCCAACUAAAAGAAAGAAGCCCUUCACAGCUAAACUAGGAUUUAUGGCACGAUUGUCACCAACUGGAAUCAGAUGUUUGCUCAUAGUUGUGGUCUUUAGCUUGGUGGGUUGCUUCCUCUUGCUUCGCCCAAAGACCAAAACUAUCCCAAAAUCUGUGAUUCUUCCGGUUAUGAAGAUUCAAAUGCCGAUUCCAGAGUACGGUGGACUUCACGAGGUGGAAAAACUGGAAAUUCCUACGUUAUCAAAGAGGCAAGCCACAAAAACAACAAGCCUGGUGGAUGAGUUUCUUGACAGGGAUUCUCAGGUUAGGUCCUUUUUCUUCCCUGAUGUUAGAAAUGCCGUAGAUCCCAGAAAGAAAAGGCAAAAGUUUAAUUAUUAUCCCGGAAGAAUAUGGUUGGAUACCGAUGGGAAACCAAUACAAGCUCAUGGAGGUGGGAUUAUGUAUGAUGAGAUGCUAGGAAAAUACUAUUGGUAUGGCGAAUAUAAGGACGGUCCAACUUACCGAGUUAAUGGAAAUCGCACUGCCAGAGUCGACAUCAUUGGAGUUGGGUGUUAUUCUUCAGAGGAUUUGUGGACUUGGAAAAAUGAAGGGAUUGUGCUGAAAGCCGAAGAACAAGAUCAAAAUCAUGAUCUUUACAAGUCCAAUGUUCUGGAGAGGCCUAAAGUGAUCUACAAUGAAGGAACAGGUACGUAUGUGAUGUGGAUGCACAUUGAUAAUGCAAAUUAUAGUAAAGCUGCAAUUGGAAUUGCUGUCAGUGAUUUUCCAACUGGUCCAUUCAGAUAUCUAUAUAGCAUUAAGCCUCACAGAUUCGAAAGCCGGGACAUGACAGUUUUCAAAGAUGAUAAAUACUGUAAAGCAUAUUUGUAUUACUCUUCCAUGCGCAACAAAGAAAUUCACAUCAGUCCACUCAGAGAAGAUUUCCUUCAUGUCUCAAAUGUUGUGAAAAAGGUUUUAAUAGGACAAUACAGGGAAGCCCCAGCUGUGUUCAAGCACAAGGGAUUGUAUUACAUGAUCACAUCAGGUUGUAGUGGUUGGGCACCCAAUGAGGCCCUGGCUCAUGUGGCCGAAUCGCCUAUGGGGCCUUGGGAGACCAUCGGAAACCCUUGUGUUGGUGCAAACCAAGAUUUCAGGGCGACCACCUUCUUUGCUCAGGGUACAUUUGUGCUUCCCAUGCCAAAGGGGCCUCAUGGAUCGUUUAUCUUCAUGGCAGAUCGUUGGAAGCCAGAUGACUUGGGCGACUCGAGAUAUUUAUGGCUACCUCUAUAUGUAGAUGAAGCCGGUUACCAACCGCUUCAUAAUGUUUCUAGGAGACCGCAGGUGUUGAUAUUUUGGCAUGAAAGAUGGAGGAUGCCUUCCAAGGUGGGUGGCAAUUAG